AUUAUGAAAUAAAAAGUGGUUAUGCAAUAAAGGGAAAUUAAGUUCGAGAAGAAGAAUGGUUAAAUUGAAUCUGUUAUCCUGCCAUUAUAAUACUAAGAUUUCCAAAGGGAGAUGCUAUCAAAAUAUUAAUAUCCAGAGACAACUAAUUAUAUGUGAGACAUAUGAUUAUUCUAGAUAUUAGGACGAUAAUGAAGAUGAAAUCACUAUAGAUUCUAGUAGAUCAUAUAAUUAAAUGCAACAACGUUUACUAUAGAAAUCAAGUUAUUAAUUAUUAAAAGUGAAGGAGGAACAAGAAAAAAUAGUUAUUUAUAAGAAACAUAUGGACGUAAAAGAAGACCAAAAUUUAAGUUUUUAUGAUUAAUAAUUAUUAGAACAGAAAGGAGAUAGAGAAAAUAAUAAAGUAAAGGAAAUUGAUGAACAACUAUCAAUAUACUUUUUAAAUAAGAAUGGCGAAGUUAUAAAGAACAACCUUUUAUUAGCAACCAAUUAUGAUUAAUUUCUAAAGAAGAUGGAAAACCAACAUGGAUUUGCAAAAACAACGAAAUAUGUGUAAAUUUCUUUAUUAUUUUUAGCUUUGCUGCAGAUGGAAAUGAAGAAAUCAUUAUCGAUUCUAGUUCAUCUUAUGAUUAAAUGUUAAAGAAUUAUAAACAAGGAGCAAGGACAAGGACUUUAAAAGUAAAGAACGAUCUUCUUGAAAACCAGUCAUUAUUACAAUAAAAGGAAAUACCUUAAGAUUUUGUACCUGAUUUGAAUUAUAUUGAUAUCUUUGGUGUUAUGAAUAGUAAGUUUUUAUGCAUGUGUAAAUACCAAAGGAAGGAUCCGAGUUAAUGCAAACUUUGUAAUGGAACUGCUUUAGUUGAUUACUAAUAAUCAUGGUAAACGGAUUUAAGCAAAGAGUUCGAAAAAUUGGUUAAGAAGAACUUCCAAAAAAUACAGAAAUAUCUUAAAGAUAAUUAUUAGGAAGAUAUUCAAACCUUUACUAAUUGGAUAGAAUUCCAAUUUAAGUUAGUUGCAUUUAAAGAUCAGGAAUCAUUUUAUUUUAAAUGCAUAAGAUGUGAUAAAUUUUAUGCAAAGGCUAAGGUUGUGCAUUUUGAAAGCUUAUAAAUACCUAAAAAGCCUAUUUGUGAUAAAUGCUUUUAAUCUAAUAGGAUAGAGGGAUAUUUGACAUCUCAUGGUAAAUGUGUGCAAAAUAAUCAACAAGACGAAGAUCAGUUGCCUAACAAACCACCUAAUUUAUCAUAAUCAAUUAAACGAUAAUCACAAUGA